AUGCCGGACCAGCCACCACGGCAAUUUACGGUAUCGAAAGAUGACUACGAUCAGGUAGAAGAGAUGGAAGAAGGAGAUCACCCACAGGAGAUAGUAGACCUAGGAGGAAAGCGGAGGGUAUUCUCAGCAAGCUUCGGGGAAGAGGUGUCCAUCGUCCUGAUGAACCUCCGAGGAACGCUGGACAUGGAGUAUUAUUACGACAGCCGGGAUUUCCAAAAAGUCAUAUUCAAGGGGUUUGGCCCUUGGCCGCCCGCAAAUGCCAUAACGCAACCAGUCAUUCAAGACACUCAACAUACGAACACGUCUGUUGGCGACAACGGAGCUGCUCUGAAUUCAGAUUCUCAAGGUCCGUCCCCGCCAAAAGUACCCAAAGAGGCACGAAAAACACAAAAGACACGAAAGACACAAAAGACAUUGCCAGAAGCCCGAGGAGCCUCAUCCAAGACACAAGUCGCUCCGCCAGAUGAACAGCAGGACCUGCUAGAUACGGAAGAAUCGCCGACGGACACACCCGUAACUCCGCCAGACAUAAUCGAGUCCGUAUCAGACUCACAAAAGCCUUUGCUAGACAUAGACGCAUUCGACGAGUCUUGGAUCUAUUACUUGAAAAAGAACUUCUCGUAA